AAAAAAACCUAGUGAGAGUGAGAAAAUGAUAAUUCUUUUUGAAUUAUUAAUUGGUUUCUUUUUAUUCGGUUAUUUUAAUCGUUCUUUAAUAUUUGCGAGGUUGGAGAGUCUGUUUCGUUGAUUGAACGAGGUUAAGGGUUGGAUUAGGUUCUGUGGGGUGACGUUGUUUGGUGUACUCGUAGUCUGAAAAAAAUAUGGCAGUUGAGAAUUCUAAAAUAGCAAAGGAUGUUACUGAAUUGAUUGGUAAUACUCCAUUGGUAUAUCUCAAUAAAGUUGUGGAUGGAUGUGUUGCACGUAUCGCUGCCAAACUGGAGAUAAUGGAACCCUGCUCUAGUGUGAAAGACAGGAUUGGUUAUAGCAUGAUUACGGAUGCUGAAGACAAAGGCCUUAUCAAACCUGGAAAGAGUGUCCUCAUCGAGCCAACAAGUGGUAACACAGGCAUAGGAUUAGCUUUCAUGGCAGCAGCUAAGGGUUACAGGCUUAUCAUUACGAUGCCUGCUUCAAUGAGUCUUGAAAGAAGAAUCAUCCUCCGAGCUUUUGGAGCUGAGUUGGUUCUUACAGACCCAGCAAAGGGAAUGAAGGGAGCUGUUCAGAAGGCUGAAGAGAUAAUGGCUAAGACACCCAAUGCCUACAUGCUUCAGCAGUUUGAAAACCCUGCCAACCCAAAGAUACAUUAUGAAACCACUGGACCAGAGAUAUGGAAAGGCUCAGGAGAGAAAGUAGAUGCUCUAGUUUCCGGUAUUGGUACAGGUGGUACUAUAACAGGUGCAGGGAAAUUUCUUAAAGAGAAGAAUCCCAACAUAAAGCUUUAUGGGGUGGAACCAGCUGAAAGUCCUGUCCUAUCUGGAGGGAAGCCUGGUCCUCACAAGAUCCAAGGUAUAGGGGCUGGUUUCAUCCCUGGUGUUUUGGAAGUGAAUCUCAUUGAUGAAGUCAUUCAGAUAUCAAGUGAUGAAGCAAUUGAAACUGCAAAGCUUCUUGCACUGAAAGAAGGUUUACUUGUGGGAAUAUCAUGUGGUGCUGCUGCUGCUGCUGCAAUUAAGAUAGCAAAAAGACCAGAAAAUGCUGGAAAGCUCAUUGUUGUGGUUUUUCCAAGCUUCGGAGAAAGGUAUCUUUCCUCUGUACUGUUUGAGUCGGUGAGACGGGAAGCUGAAAACAUGACUUUUGAGCCUUGAGCUCCUCUCUUGGUCAAAGCUUCUUUCAUUCGCUAGACCACUGAAUGUUUGAUUAAUCAACGGAAUAUUUAGAGAAAGUUUUCGUUUUUUGGUUCGGUUUUUUGCACUCCAAAAUGAAAAGAUCGAUGAAAAUUUUAGUUAUGCAAUAAGCAUGCAAGUGAAUAUUUAAGAUAUUCAAUAUUUUAGGUUCCCAAGCUUCA